GGGUUAACUCCCUCGCACAGCGGAAGUACAGGAACCAAUAAACCUAAUUCCCAACCCCCUUACCCCAUCUCUUUUUUUCCUGUCCUCGCAUCAGGAAGGAUUCCCCUGUGCCGGUGUGGUUCCUCUCUGCCUCACCGAAGCGACCGGUUCACAUAUAGCCGGUGGAGCCUGGUAGCUGGGCUUUUAGAACGCGGUAAGACGCGGGGUGUGCAGUAAGGCGUUCUGAGUGCAGUAAGUCGGAUCCCGCGGUAAGACACUGUGUAGACUCUUGAUGAUGUCAUCUCUAGGCGCCCUUGGCUCUUAAAGCGCCCAUUACCUGUUGUACAGCAGGAGCAGGUUUUGUUUGCAGUACAUGCAGCAGGAGCCGUUUGCUGGUUGGGAGAGCCUGAAUAGCAUGAGUUCUAGGAGCCGGAGAUCCCGGUCAUCCUCUAGGGGGUCACCUAGAAGGAGGAGUCAUCAUUCAAGGAAGGCGGUGGAAAAAGAGUGUUCAAUAUGUGAUAAUCCAGCGAUGCAUAACAAAAAAGUAUGCCUAAUGUGCUGGGAAUCUAUGUCUGGCAAAAGAGCAGAUGAUCAAUGGAGUGCUAUGAGAGACUGGUUUAAGGAGUCUAUGUCUAAAUCACUGGAGGACCUAGUAGGAACUGUGACAGCUAAUGUGAUACAGAAAGUGGGUCCCAGUGCCCCAGUAAUGGGGAAAGAGAGCCGUGAUCCUAAGGUGCCUGCGGAGUGUGAAGCACGUCAGCAGGGGGCAGCAAGGUGUAGCCUUUCGGCUACUUCAGAGGAGGAAGAGGAGCUAAUUGUAUUGGAUGAAGAUUCCUCGUUUGAUUUGGAUCUAAUAGAACCUCUAGUAAAAGCUGUCCGGAAAGUAUUGGAACUAGAGGACACUGAACAAGAGAAAAAGCAGGACAGAAUGUUUAAAUCAUCAGGAAAGAAAGAUCUGGUAUUUCCAGUCCACGAUGUACUGAAAGAUAUUAUUAAGGAAGAGUGGGCAGUACCAGAUAAAAAGUACUCAGAACCUAGACACAUGAAGAAGAUGUACCCGUAUGCGGAGGGGGAUGUGAGUCGGUGGACCAACCCCCCCAAAGUGGAUGCUGCCAUCACAAGGGUGGCUCGUAAGACCACAUUGCCAGUGGAUGAGGGGGUUUCCUUGAAGGAUCCUGUAGAAAGGAGACAGGAUACAGUGCUGAGGAAGGCCUAUUCAGUUUCGGGGCUACUCUGCAAGCCAGCGGUAGCAGUCACGUGUGUGGCAAAGGCAUCCAAAAUCUGGCUGCAAGAGAUAGAAACUGAGCUGCAGCUUGCUGGAGACAAAGACAAGGUGGGUCACCUAGUGGGUGAUAUAAAGGUGGCUAUUGAUUUCAUCACGGACGCAUCAUUGGAGGUGCUGAAAUUGGCAGCCAGAAAUAUGGGGUAUGCAGUGGCAGCUAGGAGGAUGCUGUGGCUAAAACAUUGGCAAGCAGAUACCCCUUCCAAGUUCAAUCUGUGUGCGCUCCCUUUCGAGGGGGAGUUGCUGUUUGGGCCAAAAACUUGA